UUCGGCCUACGAUAGGGAAUUAGAUGGAAACUAGUUUGUUAUUUCUUUAAUUAAUUAAUUAUUUAAUUAUUAUUAAAACAAUAUGUGAGAUUGCGGUGCUUCUAAAAUGUGUGACGAAACUAACCAAGAGCGUCAAGAUAACGAAAUGUUCGCUUUACGGUCAAUAUAUGAGGAAGCAGUGGAAGACAACAGAAGGAAGUCAGUUUGGAAAGAAUGGCAUCCUCUGAACAUUCUCUUGACUUUGCAGCCUUCUCACACUACCAACGGUGUUCAUUGUGGGGCAACUUUGCAAUUUGACUGUUGUGAUAACUAUCCUGAUAUACCUCCAAAUAUAACAAUAGACAAAAGUUUUGGACUCUCGGAUGAUAAUGUGCAGAAAUUAUUAAAAGAAUUGCAUCAAUUGGCUGAUGAUUUGUGUGGUGAAGUUAUGAUAUUUCAGUUAGCCCAACAUACACAGCAAUUUUUAAAUAACCACAACAAACCGAUAUUAUCUUUUUACGACGAAAUGGUUAGGGAGAAAGAUGAGAUGGAAAAGUUAAAACAACAUGACAUCCAAGUUAAGGAAAAUGAAGAGCUUCAAAAAAUGAAAGAUGAAAUUGAACGGUGCCAGAAAGCGAUGCGAGGCAGCGUUGAUAGUUCGUGCAGCUCCGACCUAAACAGUGAUCAAAGGGACGGUCAGGGUGAUACGUCGAAGCUUUUAUACUAUGCUGAUGACAAAACACCGUCAGCAAAGAGGAUAUCCAAAAAGAAUUCCGGUUCAGUUACUUGUACAUGUAACAUUAAAGGUGCCAAAGUGCUUCGGUAUACACAGAAAAAUAACAAGAAAGUUUAUGUUGGGAAUUGUAUAGGUCACUCUGCAAAUGGUGCCACAACCUUCCCAGCUAUAGACGACGACGGAGAAAAAGUUAUCGCUAAGAGAUGGUACCUCGCUGUAUCAGCUGACUUCCAAACGCGGAAUAGAAAAAUAAACGCACUUCAACAGGACCUCAAGGCCAUGUGUCGAUUAAAACACACGUCCCUAGUGCCAUACGUUGCUAUGGAAAUAAAUACAGAGUCGAAAAAGACAGGUCUGCAGAACGUGUACAUAUUCCGGGACUUUGUUCUGGGGACGUCCUUGAAAUACCUCCGAGAGAAAUCGCACUUUGGCGACAAGUUGGAAAGGUUGAAAUUAGUGCGGCAUGUGGGAUUGGGCGUUUUCAGUGCCUUAAAAGAGUUACAUAGUGUUAAUGUGUUGCAUAGAGACGUUAGUGGCGAAACUGUGUUUUUGGAAGUGAACGGUGGUGUCAAAUUGGUGGGUGCGUCGCUUGAUGUAAGAUUGACUGAGAUGAUUGAAGAAGAAACCUAUUGUGACCGACAGACGAAAGCUCAGGACAUCUAUGCGGCCGCACAGUUGUUGCUCUCUAUAGUGACUGAGGAAUCGGGCAAAGAAGUACCACCCGAUUUACCCAUUACAGCUAAGGACUUCUUCUCAAGGUGUUUAAUAGAAGAUGAACAGUACCAAUGGACAGCGGAACAAUUAGUCGAACACGUCUUCUUGCUUGACGUCGCUCCAUCUAAACUGCUCAAUGGCAAAGAGAAAACGGACAGUGCUGACAGUGGUUCCGAGGAUGAGGACGGUGACAUACGGAUACGCGAUAUAAGUACGCUAGGAAACGGACAAUCACGAUUAAAUGUUGAAUUCGAAGUUCUGAACUGGAUCGGAAAAGGCGCCUUUGGUGAUGUCGUAAAGGUGAAGAACAAACUCGACGGCGGUUUCUACGCGAUAAAGCACAUCAAACUCAAUCCGAAAAGUGUGGAACUAAAUAAGAAAAUCACGAGAGAAGUGAAACUCUUGUCGCGUCUUUAUCACGAAAACGUGGUUCGAUAUUACAACGCUUGGAUUGAGACUAUAACGGAAACCGAAGAAGGGGGAGAAAUACAAGAAAGCAGCGUUGUAAAUACUCCGGCGAAAAAUAAGGGCGACUCCUUGUUAGAAGUCGUUGCGAAGCUUGGCCAAGAUAUUCAGAAUCGCACUUGGUCUAUGCCGGGUGGGCCUGUACAAGUAACAGAUGAAUCAUCCGAGACUGAAGAGGAUUCUGACGACGAAGAACCUUGGAUCAAUAUCAUGAAACAAGAAGAAGAGUCGAGCAGUGCAAUAGAAUUCGAAGCGAACUCGAAGCAAUCGGAAACUUUACCUUCCGAAGACACGACGAUACAAUUGCCAAUGUCCAAACAAGUUUUGUAUAUACAAAUGGAGUUUUGCGAAAAGAAUACAUUGAGGCAGGCCAUUGAUAAUGGAUUGUAUCAGGAAAAUGUCAGGGCUUGGAGACUUUUUAGGGAGAUCUUGGAAGGUUUAGCCCAUGUGCACCAAAAAGGUAUGAUCCAUAGAGAUUUGAAACCGGUCAACAUAUUCUUGGAUUCGAACGAUCAUGUCAAGAUAGGUGACUUUGGUCUUGCCACUAAAGUGUUUAGUGCUGUUCCGGUUGAAGAUAUCCAGUCACAGGAAGAUGGCGAUGGUCUUCUCACAGGAAAGGUUGGCACCAAACUAUACGUAGCGCCAGAGCUUCAGCAAUCUGCCAUUAAAGGGAUAUACAACCAAAAAGUCGACAUCUACUCCCUGGGCAUAAUAUUGUUCGAAAUGUUCCAUUCUCCAUUCUAUACGGGCACUGAAAGGAUUUCUGUGCUCACUAAUUUAAGGAAGAAAGAGAUUGUGAUACCAAAAGAGUUUCAGAGAGAGGAGAAUUCUAAACAGAUUCAUGUUAUAAGAUGGCUUCUAGACCACGACCCAAGUUUACGUCCAACGAGCGCAGAACUACGGUCCUCGAAACACGUACCUAGAGCGGUUCCCGAGGGUACUUUCGCCGGUGUCCUGUCUCACGCACUCAGCGAACGAGGGUCCAGAAACUAUCAGAGGCUGGUGUAUGCGUGCUUAGACCAAAAACCGUCUCCCGCUGAAGACUUCCUAUAUCACAGUGGUCUUAAGGCCAAAUCUAUGGACGUCCUUGCUGCUCUGAAAGAUAUGGUUGUUAAGGUCUUCCAAAACCACGGUGGAAUAGAGUUUACGCCACCACUCAUGAUUCCACGCACCAAACGAUGGGAUCAGUAUUCCAAUGCGGUCAGAAUUAUGACGUCAUCAGGAUCUAUAUGCCAUCUGCCGCAUGAUUUACGAUUGCCGUUUGCGAGACAUAUAGCGUAUUCGGGAACUAAAUACAUGCGACGCUAUUUAGUCGACCGUGUGUACAGAGAAAAGACAAAAGGCUUUCAUCCGCGAGAGUUAAUCGAAUGUGCGUUCGAUAUCGUCACUCCAAGAACAGAAACACUCUGGCCCGAUGCUGAGCUCCUAGUAGUUGCCAGUCGAGCGGCCAUCGAGUGCUCUCUAAAAGUGACGAUACAGUUGAAUCAUACGGAUCUGCUGAAAACACUACUACUGUCCUGUGGCGUUCCUCAAGAUAAACAUGAUGUUGUAUACCCUGUUUUAGUCGAUGUUAGUUUAGGACGUUUAACUAGUCUACAGUUGCAAACUCACCUCACAACCUUAUGUGUCACGAAAAAGGACAUAACGAAUAUGAUACGUUUGAUGGAAGCUGACGUACCCAUCAAACAAGUGCGGGAGCUGGUCGGCUCUAUGGGAAGGAACAAGUGGGGAUCAACAUUAGAAAGGGCAAUACGACAAUUGGAAGCUGUAUGUACUUACGCCAUCGCUUUGGGAUGCGAUGUACCUAUCACAGUGGCUCCCUUCCUUGCGUACAACGCAACGCAGCACUGCGGAGUGUUCUGGAAAUUAUCAAUGAUUAGAAACGAACAGCAUCCGACCACAAAGCAUCGCUCAAGGGACCUGAUCGCAGCUGGUGGCAGGUAUGAUAACUUAGUGGAAGAGUUCUGGAAAGUCGCCCGCGUAGAAAACGAUCAUAAUAAUGCAGAGUUAAAGUGCACUUCAGUUGGUUUCUGCAUGUCUUUGGACAGGAUGGCAGAAAUCUUUAAAAACAUGGAGGUCGAAGUAUCUCCUGUGAUCAAAAAAAGUGAGUGCAACACAAUAUGCGUCUUCAUAUGCAACGCCAACAAAACAGUUCAAGACGGCUCGGAAUUGAAACGCGCGCAGAUUGCUCGCGAUCUAUGGGCCAGUGGGCACUCAGCUUUAUGUUGGUUCUCCAAUCCGGCCGAUGCACACGAUCUGACCAAGUCUUCUAUGGUUUUGGUGCAUGACAGUCUUUUCGUGCUUGCGUCCUGCUGGGAGGGUACUCGCGUACGUGAAUUCAAAGUUUGCGCAACCGAAGUCAUGGAGUUCGUGAAACAGAAAUUGAAUCCCGAUAUCAUUCGAAACCCGGACUGUGGCAAUCGCACCACAAGUUGGCCUGAAGGUGAGAAAUCUAACGGUCCGACGAUAGCAGUGACGUUCAUUACAGCGAGCGAAAGGAUCACUAAAAGCAUCAAGCGACAGUGCGAAGUACAGAUAAACAAUCAAAUGACGUCCAUCUUAGUCAAUCUGGGCCUCCAGCCAGUAUUAAAUAGGGUGCGUGUAAACGUACUGGCGUUAGCGUGCGAGGCGAAUUGCGUGCGCGCCUUAGCGGCCAACCUCAGCGUACCCAUUGAGGCAGCGUACCUGCAACGUGCGUUCCAACCCGUCUGUGAUACAUAUUUCAAACGCACGAACAUUCUAGAAGACGCUCUUCGAGAGCUGACGAUCAUUUCUAAACAAGUGAACCAAAGCAGGAGUCCGGAUGAGACGCAACUAUACGCUCUCUUUUCAAUACCCGAUUCCAUAUGUCGUAUGAUUACUUGAUAUUUGAUAUUUAUGUAGAUUAAUAUAUGGAAAAAAUAUAUACUUAUCCUAAAAGUAAAAAAUUAAAUUUCUUUUGGAAAUAUAUUUACAUUAAUUCGGAUAAGGGCGAGAAAAUAUCACUGAUAUAUUGGCAGUCGUCAAAAAAUUUUCUUAAUUAUAAUUUCUUACAAACUUCUCCUAAAUCGCCAAAAUGGCUUCUGUUGGAGGCCAUUUUGGCGAUUUGAUAGAAGCGGUACGAAUAUGAUUUUUUCAACUGGUCUGCCCAUUUUGUUGGGGACCGGCCUCUAGGUCUUUUGCCUUCGGUGUUGCCCGUAACUAUAAUUUCUUCCAGGCUGUCAUUCCCCCGCCGCAUUAAGUGGCCGAAAUACGAAAGCAAACAUUGGUAACAUAUUUAUAUAUAUGUAUGAAUAUUGUAUAUAUAAUUAAAAAAGAUAGUGAUCAGUUGUCCUAGUACCCAUAACACAACACAACACAACACAUUUAC